AUGGCGUGCGCGGGGAUCGACUUCGGCAACAAGACCUCCGUCGUGGCCAUCGCCCGACGCGGCGGCAUUGACAUCUGCUGCAAUGAAGUCUCCAACCGGGCCACCCCCUCCAUGGUCUCCUUCCAGGGCGCUGAGCGCCACAUCGGAGAGUCCGCCGCCUCGGUCGCCGCACAGAAUUACAAGAACACCGUCGGCUCGCUCCAGCGCCUGAUCGGCCUGCCGCGAGACACCCCCUUCACGGAAAGGGAAGCGAAACGGCUCACGUGUCCAGUCGUCGCAGACCCUGCUUCCGGCGCUUGCGUUGUUAAGGUCACUUACACGGGCGUCGAAGAUGAACAGCAGGCCGAGCAAGGCCAAACUUCGUUUACCACCCAGGCUCUGGUCGCCAUGCUCUUGUCUGAUUUGAUGAAGACGGCGUCAAAUGAGUACAAGGCCCCUGUUAAGGACCUUGUUAUCUCCGUCCCGGUGUACUAUACGGAGCCCCAACGCCGUGCCAUUCUCGACGCGGCGACCAUUGCCAAUGUUAACAUCCUUCGCGUUGUCAACGAACAUGCCGCCAUCGCUCUAUCCUACGGUAUCUUCCGUACCAAGGAGCUUCCGGAUACAAAACCCAUCAAGGUCGCCUUUGUCGACAUCGGCGAGGCUAGCACCACAGUUUCCAUCACCGCUUUCACAAACACUCGCAGCGACGUCCUCGCCGUCGCUUCGGACCCCAGCCUCGGUGGCAGGGAUCUCGACGACAUUCUCGUCAACAAGUUUGCUGAGGAGUUCAAGACCAAGUACUCCAUUGAUGUGCUCAGCAAGCCAAAGCCGUCUCUCCGCCUUCGAAAGGAAUGCGAGAAGAUCAAGAAGAUUCUUAGCACAGUGCCUAACGCCUCUCUCAACAUCGAGUGUCUCAUGAAUGAUGUCGAUGUGAAGGGCACUAUCUUGAGGGACGAAAUGGAGGAGAUUGCCGCCCCACUCAUUGCCCGCAUCCGCGAUUUGUGUGACAAAGCUAUUGCCGACGCCAGUCUCAAACCCGGUGAGAAUCUCACUGCCGUUGAAAUCGUUGGCGGUAGCACCCGUGUCCCGGCGUUCAAGGCUGUCAUCACGGAAACGUUUUCCAAAGUAGGCGCUGUGGUGCGCACCACUUUGAAUGCCGACGAAUGCAUUUCUCGAGGCUGUGCACUCAUGUCCGCUAUGCUCUCGCCAGCCUUCAAAGUGCGUGAUUAUGUCGUCAGUGACAUUGCCACUCACGCCCUUGAUGCCGAAAAGGUUUUCACGGAUGGCAGCACGCCAGAGUCAUUCACUCUGGUACCGAAGGGUAACACGAUCCCGUGCCUAAAGGCAAUGACAUUCAAGUCUCCGGGACCGCUUACCGUCAGCGUGCGAUACAGUGAUGUUGCAGCCCUUGCAAUUGGCGAGGAAGGCGUGCAGAUCUGUAGUUACCUCGUUGACGCACCCAUGGACCUGGAGGCCAAAGUUCGCGCGAAGAUCCGCGUCACCGCGAACGGCACUGUGGAACUGGCUAGUACGCAGCUGAUGAAGGAAGUUGAGGUUGAAGAAGAAGUCCCUAUCAAGGUUGAGGAGAAGCCAACUGCGGAUACCCCUGCGGUGCCAGCUGGAACUGCACCAGCCGAGCCAUCCCCUGCCGCUGAUACUCCAAUGACCGACGCCUCCGCCGACAAGACUCCCGCUAAACCCGAGGAGCCAGCAGAAGCAGCGCCCCCCGCGCCCGAACAGGCGAAGGAGGAGGCCCCAAAAAUGGAGAAGCGAUUGGUGAAGAAGACGAAGCUAUCAGAUCUCCCGGUAACGAGACUACCGGGCAUUGGGCAUGGUCUGACUGCCGAACUGGUAAUGGCUGCGACUGAGAAGGAGGCAAAGAUGAGGGCAAAUGACCUGUACAUCAGGGAGCGCUCUGAAGCCAUGAACUCGCUGGAGGCCUACGUGUAUGACUUGAGAAGUCGAAUCGACCCGUACAGUGGUGACCUGAAGGACUUUGGACCAGAGGAUAUGCGCAAUGCGUUGAAGGUCGAUCUCGACGCGACUGAGGAGUGGAUCUACUCGGAAGAAGCCGAGGCUUCGUCCAAGAGCGCUUUUGUCAAGAAGAAGAACGAACUUGUGCAGAAGGCAAGUAAAAUCUUCUUUAGAAAGAAAGAGUUUGAAGAGAGGCCCGUUCGAGUCAGCGUGUUGGAGGCUUCUAUUCAGAACUACAAGCAAGUUGCAGUGCCAGGGGCCGAAGAGUACGCUCAUAUCGCGGAUGAAGAAAAGAACAAGCUGUUGAAGUGUGCUGAGAGCACGUACGUAUGGCUGAAAGAGCAGCUGAAGAAGCAAGAACCUUUGGCAAAGGACCAGGAUCCUAUUUUGACAUGCACCGACCUAAACACCAAACUCACAGAACUGGAUAGGGUUUGCAGGCCGAUUCAAAACACUCCAAAGCCAAAACCGAAGGUUGAAGAGAAGAAACCUGAAGAAAAGGAUGUGGAUAUGAUGGAAGAGGCUUCAGCGAACACACCUCCAAACGGGAAUGGCGCGGAGAAGGCCGAAGCGGUCCCCAACGCGAAACCAGCAGAGGCGCCGGCUCUAAAUGGUGAGAAUGCGAAAAUGGAAGUGGACGACCAGCCCGCUACUGCUGCAAAGGUAUAGAAACGGGAUGUGUAUUGUGUAGAACACUAGGCUUUCUGUGAGUAGUUUUCACUGUGCUGUAGUUUUGGCUGUCGAUAACGCUGUUGAGAGUCAGGGUGACGUCAGUUUUGAUUUAUUCGAGCAGCCGAUGACGAGAUUAUCCGUCAGAAAUGCUGUUGUCGCCAGGGCAAGAUAGUGGGUCAAAGCGAUGCUAUGAGUGCUGCCGGUCAGCAAAACUUGUAGUAUUGCGACAGUUAGCUGCAGCCUGGCUGGGCGAUAAAGACGGAUCAGGUCACUGUCAGAGUGUGUCCUACGAUGCACUUCUGAUCUGGUCCUUGGUUCUUGGUUUU